CACUAAGCAUUACGGCAUGAGUUCAUACAAACUUCACUCUCCACCAUUCCUCUAACCGUCCCUUCUCUUCUCGUUUCAAGCCACCACCACCGCGAACCCGAUCCGCCACCGGAAACUCCCGAUCACCACCGUGAGCUCAUGCACCACCGGCAGGAGAGAAAUCAACAGCACAGCUGUAAAGCCAACAUUUCAUGUCCUCUUCUUUACAAACUUCAUUAGCACAAAAAAGGAACAAGUGCAGAAUUAACCAAGUGGAUUGAAUCAUGAAGCUCUCACUCUUCGGAAAAAAAGAUUCGUCGAAACAACUUUCCUCCCAUACCCAUGCAGAAAACAAAACAUGUGGUAUAUGCUUUGAUCAGAAAACAGAUUCUGAUAUGUUCAAAAUAAGGUCCAAACUUUUCCAAAGAAGAAAGUGCAAGCACCUCUUUUGUGUUGAUUGCAUAUGCAAGUAUGUAGCUGUACAAAUAAAUGAUAAUGCUUAUAAGGUGAUGUGUCCAGGUCCAAAUUGUUGUGUGAAGUUUAAGCCAAAACAUUUGCGACACAUUUUGCCAAAACAACUUAUUGCUAAAUGGGAGAAUUUAAUUUACAAGUCUUUGGCUCCGACGGAGCCAAAGACUUACUGCCCUUAUCAGAAUUGUUCUGUUUUGUUGGUGAAAGGUAAUGACAUAAGAGGAGAUUUUGCCAACAGUUCUAAGUGCCCUUCGUGUCACAGAAACUUUUGCGCCCGGUGCAAAGUUCCAUGGCAUUCAGGAAUGAAUUGUCAGAAUUUCCAACAAAUGAAAAGGAACGACAAAAAUGAUUUGGAUAACAAGUUUUUGGAGUUGGCCAGAAUAGCGAAGUGGAAAAGAUGUCCAAAUUGCUCAAUGUAUGUCAAGAGAAGUAGUGGAUGUAGUUACAUGAAAUGCAGGUGUGGAUGCAAAUUCUGCUACAAGUGUGGGAAGAAACGGCAAUAUGCACAUUCAUGCGGUAGUAGAUAGUUUAUUAUCCUACUGUUUCAGAGCUUGCAGGAUCCAAAAUGUUCGUUCCACGUAUUUGUCAGCCAUUUCUGGAUCGACUGCUGAUACAGUAGUAGCUAAUUCAAUAAGAAGUCAAUUGAUUGGUUUCUCCUUGGCUGUAUGGUUUAUGAAUCUCUUAAUACAGUUUUUCUAUAAAAUAAAAAAAUUGGGAUAUAGAUUAUUAGUUAAAUAUGAGGAUUAAAUAUAUACUUCUAUUGGAUGAUUAGUUUUCGACCAAUACUAAAUUUUCGCAGUUGUUUGUAUGAGAAGUUUCAAGGAAUUAGCUGCCAUUGGUACUUUUGUUCUGUGAUACUCCGUUGGAACGAGAUGCUUAGCUUCAUAUGUUAAUAUGAGGCUAAGAUAUAUGUGUUUAUAUUUAAUGGGGAUUGAUCUUGGUUUGCUAAUACAAAUUCUACCGUUGAGUUCUUGGUGUUAGAACCAUCAUUUCAAUCUUUUUUGGUAAUGAAAUUUCUUAAUACUGUUCUAUGUGAUUUUGAAAUGGAUAAAAGACAUAAUUUGUUAGAUAUGUCAUUGGUGUGCACAAUUUUGAUGCAAGGGAAGUC